AUGGAUGUCUUUCUCUCUUUGCCGGCCAAGAAAUGGCGUGGAAUCACAGUAAAGAUAGGACGUGCAGUCAACACAACAAUGGUCAGUAAGGAAUGGACAGGAUUUCAAAUCCCAGGGGCGAGGAGCAGGAGAACGAGCACUCGGGGCGUCUGGCCCCAGAGCCAGAAUAGGAAGGCAGCAGCGAUUUCGUUCGCGCACCGCGAAAUGAGAUCGCAAAGUGAAACGCCGGGCGUGGAUCACCACCUUCAAAGGCCAGGGAAUCGGAGCAGAACCGAUGGAGCAGCGCGACCACUGGGUCUUCCCUUUGCUCCGCAGGUCUUAGCUGUUGGCCAACAUCACUGGCUUCCGAUAUUGAUUGGGGCCGACUGUCCCCCCCUGCAACAAGCCGCCAAUAGCCUAACUGGGAGCUCCAGGGAUGUUCAAGCCGGACUCACCUUUGGCCAGCCACUUUCAGUCCAGGGUUAG